UACGUGAUCUGGAGGAAAAUAAUAGGUGACGUUCCCCUCGCUUGUUUUUUGUAGGGCGGCGGGACGCUGCCGUUGUGGAAGGAUUGCGAAGAGCCAAUCAGAGCGCUCCGUGGCACAGCUCCGUAGAGAAGUGGCCAAUCCGUAGCCUAGUUCAUGCUGUCAAAACCCCGAUUCUAAGGAGUAGGCGGGACGUUCGCUCGGCUGUAGUUCCGUCAUCUCGCUCGUCUCCGAGGCUACGGGGGGCCAAUGUUGAUUUGGGCGAAUUCCCGUCGUUGUCGGACCCCGCCGAGGUUUAAUUUUUAAAAGCUGGGUUCGCUAACGAAAAGUGGCAGGCUUUCGACCGAGAAUACUGUAUCCCGCCCUCGGUAUCACUGUUUUUUGGGCUGGGGGAGAGGUGGGGAGCCGGGGGGCCUCGCUCGGCGGGGGCUGUAAGGAGGGACAGGAGAAGACUGGAUCCUCCGUGUUCAGGCCAACUGCGCCGAGCUCGGCCUGACAGUCCAGAGAAGCCCCAGCGACCGACACACCACGACGACAGCUCCCCGUGGUUUUAAGCUCGAUAUCGUUGUCCGGUUGUUGGUGACCGCGGAGUGACUGAGACCGCUGCACUAUCCCGUCUCGCCGUGGCACCGCAUCACCAGCUGUCAGGCUAUUGAAGACCAAGAGCUCGGAGUCCGCGCUUGGUACAGCUGGGUUUAGGAAAUACCGUUCAGACGUAAUCGAGCUUAGACCAGCUUGAGAGGGCUGCAGGGCGGCCAAAAAGCCACGGAUCGCCCGCUGACAAGUUGUCAUCAUGGGCAACGCGCCCACGGCCAGGAAGGGCAACGAGAUGGAAAGCGUCAAGGAGUUCCUUGCCAAAGCCAAAGAGGAUUUCCUCAAGAAGUGGGAGAAUCCUGCACAGAACACUGCUUGCCUGGAGCAAUUUGAGAGGUUGAAAACCCUGGGCACGGGCUCAUUUGGCCGGGUUAUGCUGGUGAGGCACAGAGAAACGGGACAGCAUUAUGCUAUGAAGAUCCUCAACAAGCAGAAGGUGGUAAAACUCAAGCAGAUAGAGCACACUCUGAAUGAGAAGAGGAUCCUUCAGGCUGUCAGCUUUCCUUUUCUGGUGCGGUUAGAGUACUCGUUCAAGGACAACACUAACCUCUACAUGGUGAUGGAAUAUGUACCAGGUGGAGAGAUGUUCUCCCAUCUACGGAGAAUUGGCAGAUUUAGUGAGCCUCACGCUCGGUUCUACGCUGCUCAGAUUGUUCUGACCUUUGAAUACCUGCACGCUUUGGACCUGAUCUACAGAGACCUGAAACCUGAAAACCUGCUCAUAGACCAACAGGGCUACAUUCAGGUGACAGAUUUUGGCUUUGCCAAACGUGUAAAGGGCCGGACCUGGACACUGUGUGGCACCCCAGAAUAUCUGGCCCCAGAGAUUAUUCUCAGCAAGGGGUAUAACAAGGCAGUCGACUGGUGGGCGCUGGGCGUACUCGUCUAUGAGAUGGCAGCAGGAUACCCACCUUUCUUUGCUGAUCAGCCCAUUCAGAUCUAUGAAAAGAUCGUAUCAGGGAAGGUGCGUUUCCCAUCUCACUUCAGUUCAGACCUGAAGGACCUCCUGAGGAACCUGCUACAGGUUGACCUCACAAAACGUUACGGGAACCUCAAGAACGGGGUCAACGACAUCAAGGGACACAAGUGGUUUGCAACCACUGACUGGAUCGCCAUCUACCAGAAAAAGGUGGAAGCUCCCUUCGUCCCCAAGUUCAAAGGACCAGGCGACACCAGCAACUUCGACGACUACGAGGAGGAGGAGAUCCGUGUCUCCUUCACUGAGAAAUGUGCCAAGGAGUUUGCUGAAUUCUAGAGUUAGAGAGUGACAGAGGAAGAAAGAAGGGAGUAGGGAGAGUCAAAGGUAGGCUGGUCAAGUGGGAGACGUAAGGAGAGAGUACUGUCUCCUGUCCAAUCACAAGCACCAGCUACAAAAAGAGGAAAAAUGGGAUGCAGAAGGGAAAAAGAGCAAGGAGACUGAUAACCAGCAGUGUUGCCUUUUCUGUUGCGUUUUUGUUGUAUUUUAUUUAUUAUUCUGUCUUAUUUAUGGAUCCCUUUAUAAUGAAGGUGUGCUUCAGAUUCAUGGGUGUCGGGAACCCCACUUAUUUAGAGUUGCCUCUACACAUUUUCACCCAACCACUUUUAUGUUUCUUUCAUCUUUGAUUCACUUCUGCAGCACAACAUAGAGAAAUCAGUCAGUCUCUGCUAACCUACAGCAGACUGUAAGUCAUUACAUGAAGCCCAUUUAGUCUUGUACAAGUUGAGGUCUCACUCUGCGCAAAAUUUUCCUUAACUUAAACCAAUAAUUGGCUGGCUCUUUCUCUUUUGAGCGAGAUGAAAUUCAUUGAAAUGAAACGAAAUGAAAAUUUAAAUUGAUUUCAAACACGUAUGCACUUUCAGCUUAAAUGACUUUAUGUUUCGAAGUUUUGUCUUAAUUUUUUUUCAGAUGUUUAAAACUUGACCCUCUCAUUUCACAGACAACAUACUUUAAGUCUCUGGCAUGAUGAUCCAAAAGAGAAACAGAAAAUGAUGGAUUGUGUGGUCAAACUAAUUUUGGUCAGAGACAGAUGACAUUGAAGAGGGAAAAAGUCAAUUAAGUUUACUGUGUAACUCCAUCUAUACUUCUUAUCAUUGUUAGCAUAGCCGGGCUUUGUGCAUAUCUACAGCACUCAAUUUUUAAAUGUUAUUAGAUGCUAGUGGCUCCAAUGAUGUCAUGUCACGCUAACAAACAAGGAAAUAAGGAUAAGGGAACAGAAAUAUCUCAGUUUUAAUGGUUUUGUUAAGGAACACCAUAGCAUAAUGGUAUCUCAGGUUUGAACAUAUCACUUAAUAGACAUUUUAUCAACGUAAAGCGUUAGGAUCAGCAGGUAAAGAAGGUGUGUGAGACACUUGCUUAUGAUAUACAGUAGAUUUGGGAAAUUCAAUUUUUGGUCAAUUAAGAGGAACACGAGGGAAUAUGAAGAGUUUUGGUUAGCGUCUUCCACAGUUUUACCCUACCAGAAGAUUUGGUUUAGCUAACUCUCACAACUCUGUUUGGUCUUAAGAGCACUUGUUCUCUCUGCUCAGAGCCCACCAACUAGUCAAGUUGAUUGUGCAUGAUGAAUCAACCAAUUGGCCCCUUGUCAACUCCAAAUGAAAGGGACCGUCUGAGGCAGACUAUGCCAAACUGUCAUUGGUGGUGGUCUGGAUAGUGUGCUUUGGCUUUCUGGUCUUCUGUAGAAACCUGUAUUUAUGUUCAUCUCCCCAGCACCCAGCCCUCUCCUCUUAUCAGCUUGCAAAGUUGGACCACACUCCAUGUGACAGUCUUACAUGUUAAAGCAACUCUAUUCCCAUUUCUGUGUAAAAAAACAUGCGCAGUUUUUGUUUUGUUUUGUUUUUCAUGUGGUGAUGAUGAUGUAAAGAUGACUAGUACUCCGUUGAACUGGUUAGGAAAAGGCAGAGCACCUGGAGCUGAAUAGAGCUAGUGCUGAGAAGAGACAAAAGUGUUCUUAGUGCACAGUAUACAACUUGCCUGUUUACAGAACACGACACGUAGCACUUCAGGUGUUCAGUGUCUCCUUAGCUUCGGAGCUAUGACGGCAGAGUACGUAGAGUGCCACAGAGUGCCCAAAAUGGUGGUCAUUGUAGGAUUUGUAUAUUCAGAAUUUAUUAAAUAAAACCAAGUGACACUAGUGUCUAUUUCAAACAUUACAAUGCCUUCUUUAUAGCUGUAUUUUAAUAUGCCACCAUAAUGAAGAUAUUCUGAUUUGGUUCAUACAGGCGCCUCUGUUUGUCUCUCAUCAUUUUAAACUCUGGAUAUACUCUGAAAAAUAUAACGAGCCUUUUCUCAGAAUUACACAUUUUUUAUGUGUAGAUAUAUGUGUGUAUCCUUCGUCAUAUGGAAUGAAAUUUAAAAUGAGCUAACAUGAAGCAAUUUGCAGGGUGAGCUAACUGAUCUGCUGCAGAUUAUUUUUAGGUCUAUGUAGCCCAAUGUCUACAGCUGGAUUAAUCUGCUGGUGGGGCCCCGGACCCAUAUUUAAACACCGUUCCUCCCACUCUGUACAUCGUGUACAGUAUGGCAGUGCUGGAAUAUUAUAUGGUCCCAUGUUUACUGUGUGGUGAUUGAUUUAAACAGAAACUAAUUUAGCCAUGUAAGCACAGUAUCGGCUGAAUUAAUGAAGGGCUGAAAGGGCCACUCCGGUGAUUUCAUAUUGCACUUCCAUAAAUUGCGACAUUUGCAGCAGCCGCCAAAUUAUCCUGACUUUUAGUUCCUAGUAAGGGUCAAGCUCCAGAAAAUUCUGGGUCCUACGUCUCCCACAAUGCAACUCAGUACCAUCUUCCACCCGCAUCAUUUGAACUCCAUGCUACCAGUUUGCAACGCAGGCUUUUUGUUAAAAAAUUGUGGUCUCCAAGCCAAGGCAAGACACUUGGGUGAUGUCCCUUAUUUAUUUUUGUUUUCAUUAGUUUAUUUGACAGGGACAGUGCUCAUUAUUCAGUACAAACACAACCGUAAAUGAGCCAAAGUUAGCCUAGAAGGCUAACCUCCACCUGUUGUCCCUGGCCAGAUGUUACAAAGGCGGGCUAAAAACAGAAUAGAAUGUCUUAUAAAACUGAUAUAAAAACAUAGUAAAUAUGCACAUAAGGGUACAGUACACAUAAAACAAAAAUGCCACAGUGUCACUCAUGGUAGGUAGUUGAGUAAUGGGAGCCCUCUAAGACAAAGCCUAAAAAUAACAUAAUGAAGCAGAGAGACCAGAGAGGUCAAGCAGCUGGAAAAAACUCCUUUUUAUUAAUCAAUCUGAAGUCAAAACCAAGUUGGCGGGUACAUGGUGACAAAAGCUGCAGGGUGGUUACAUACCACCAUGUAAUCAUCAGUUGGCUUAUUGGUUCUUAUGGUCUAAUUUACAAACCGCUUUAGUAUUAUUAUUCUUAUUAUUAUGACAUCGUAAACCACUUGUUGAGACUUCACACUCGCUGUAUUUCCUCCAUGUCAAGUUUAAUGUUGACUAUAUCAUCACGGACAAAAUGUUUGAAGUUACAACACAAUAUUAUUCUGUGUCUCCUCGGUGUUUUUGCAGUGAUACAACUUCCUCUCGAUGCAGGCACAAUGCUGGUUCAUACUGUCGCACUUUUUAGGGAAAUGAGACCCCAAUGUAAACCAUGUAAACCCCGAACACACACACACACACACACACACACACUGCAAAGGGAAGCGUCGAAAGUCACGGGAACAGUGACAUAAAAACACGAAGUGUAAUAUUUUGCAACCUGAGUAUCAUUCCAAUAAAGUUUUACUGGUAAAAUUCUUCUGAA